AUGUUCAAGGAAAAUGCUCGUCGUGGUCUUGAUCAGUGCGCCAAGCGCUUCGAGAAUAGCGGCUUUAAUGCUCGUGCUGAAAAUCGUCGUCGCGAUCUAUAUGACCUUCACCGCCGCAAUCUCGCCUCUCGGGACACGGCCUCUGUCCUUGCUACUUCCCACUUGGUGACUGACUCAAGCAUCACCGCCAGCACUGAUGCUGCUGACCUGUUUACGUCCACUUCCACCUGCGUCCUGAACCCGGAAGGUGAAGUCGGUCCAUUCUAUGUCCUCGGCGAGUUGGUCCGCUCUGACCUUGUUGAUGGCGAGGAAGGGGUGCCAGUCAUCUUGGACGUCCAAUUUGUCGACGUGACGACCUGUGACCCUAUCGAGGACUUGUACUUCGAUAUCUGGAACUGCAAUUCUACCGGCGUCUACUCGGGCGUUGUGUCUAAUGGCAACGGGAACUCGAAUGAUGAGUCGAACAUCGACGCUACAUUCCUGCGAGGUAUUCAACCAUCCGAUAGUGAUGGGGUGGUGACAUUCAAGACGAUUUUCCCGGGUCAUUACAGUGGCCGAGCUACACACCACCACGUCAUUGCUCAUCUUGAUGUUACUGUUUUGUCUAACGGCACAAUCACUGGCGGCACUGUUGCGCACAUUGGACAGCUCUUCUGGGAUCAAGAUCUUAUAUCUGAGGUUGAGGCAACGUCUCCAUACAACACUAACACGAUUUCUAUCACGACCAAUGCCGCUGAUCGAGUGUUCGCAACUGAGACGGAGAACUCGACUUCUGACCCCGUGUUUAACUAUGUUAAGCUCGGCGAUGAUAUCAGUGAUGGUCUCUUGGCCUAUAUUACCAUUGCUGUCGACACCUCAGCCACCUAUGACCCGACAUAUAGCUUUGUGUACACUGCCAAUGGAGGUGUUGCUGAAUCUGGUGGCUCUGAUACGAUUGGCGGCGACGGUGGCUCUAGCAGUUCUCCCGGCGGCAGUGGCGGUAGCGGAUUUGGUGGUGGUCCGUCCAAAUAA